CUCAAAAUUAUGUGUUUUGUGACAAGAGACAUGAGUAUUGAGUUACCGCAUCACUAACUCUACCGGUAAAUAAAUAAUUAGGGGGUCGUUUGGCGGACUGUAGAACAGCUGAAACAGCGAGUAGGGAAGAAAAAGGUUGAAACUUGAAAACUACUUUCAGAGUUCCGACCGGUUGCUGCCGCCGCUACCUGAGGAGAUGGCACUGUUGAUGGAGAAAGGUUCCAAACCCACUACUGAUUCUGAGGUCAGUGACCUUGAAGGUAUCGCCGCUCUCAAACAGUCUACUGCUGUUGAGCUCAAGGAGCAAGGUAACCAGUAUGUCAAGAUGGGAAAGAAACAUUAUUCUGAGGCCAUUAACUGCUACACGAGGGCAAUAAACCAGCAAGCUCUUACCGACUCUGAGACCUCUCUUCUGUACUCAAAUAGAUCCCAUGUUAAUCUACUUCUGGGAAACUAUAGGCGUGCCAUUACGGAUGCUGAAGAGGCAAUUAAGCUUUGCCCCAGCAAUGUUAAGGCAUUCUAUCGUGCUGCCAAAGCAUCGCUGUCCUUGAAUUUGUUGAGUGAAGCAAAAUAUUUUGCCGAGAAGGGACUAGAGCUAGAUUCAAGUAACGUUGAACUGGAGAAACUUGUUAGGCAGAUAAGUGCACUGAAGAUGGAACAGGAUAAGCAACAGGCUGAGAUUAACAAGGCCCUAGCAGUGGCUAAGGAUCUUGUUUCAGCAUUUGGAGACAGAGGAUUGAAGAUGGGCAAGGCUAUGUAUCGAGAACUUACUGGUUUGAAGAAACCUGUGUUAGAUAAGAAUAAGAUUAUGCACUGGCCGGUUCUUUUUCUCUAUGCAGAGGUUAUGUACAGCAACUUCAUAGAAGAUUUCUGUGAGAUGGAUACAUUUUCCAUGCAUCUCGAUAUGAUAUCCUUAUCCUCCUAAAAUUGGCUGAUUUUAUCUUGCUUUUUUAUGCUUUAUCGAUCUAUCCAUACAUCAUCUAUGACAUCCUUAGCUUUCAAACAUGUAUUCAGAAAGUAGUCCACCGUUACCCUGGGAUACAGAAAAUAAUUAUACUCGUGAAGAAAUUGAACUUUACUAUGAGGUAGGUUCUGGGGUUUGUCUUCCAGAGACUAAAGUUCUUCAAUAUCUGCUAGAAGGGACAGCUGGUGCUAAUAUCGAGUGUGAAAAAGAAGAGAAGGAUACAAGUGAGCAUGGCUUUUCAAGAGGAGACGCCAUUACUAAGUGGGUCAAAGUGCACGAAACGAGAAAGCUUCUUGACGUGAUUCAAGAACCUGGCUUCAUCAUCUCAGAAAUCCCAGUUUUCUACGUCGUUUCAAAGCGCUCCAGCUUCUAUGAAAAGUUCAAAGCUGGGAAAUGGAGACUUCCCUGAUAUGCUUAGUUUUGCUCAAGAUGGCAAGUAAUGUGGUUUAGAUACACAAUGCGAUGUAAAGGGCUACGAGCGGCAUUGACAGGGACACGCAUAGAGCAUUGCUGUUACCAAGGGACGAGACUCGAUUUUACAAAGAAGAGCACUGUCCAGAUCCAUUGGCCUCCACAGGGAAACAAGCAUAUCUAUAGGUGCUAGCAGGUGGUAUUCUGUUGUGAUAAUGUAAGGGUUACGAUCGCAACAAAGAACAAUCAAAUGUAGGAAUUUCGUGUUGCUUGUCUAUUUGCCUCUAAUCGUUUGACGGUUCGGGAUAAUUGGUUCCGAUUUCCAAACCAGUAACAUAUCGAAGUUUAAGCUAAGGUGAAUCCUUCAUUCCAUGUACUGAGAAAUUUAUGAAAUGAGCUUCAUGGUAUGUGCUUACCGAAAUCAUUUAAGAAGUGAAACUACAGCACCGGAGCACCAUAGUGCUCGAAUUGGACAUCUUGUAGAAGUUUAUGACCAUUUUGAUUACCAGACGAA